GACCAUGGCGGACAACAGUGGUGCCAAGAGUUCCAAUCCGUUAGAACAGCUGGUGACUCGCCUAACCCCCAAGAUGAGCGGACGAAUGAUGAAGUACCCGUACACCUUCUCUGCCAAGCUUGCGCAGUUCCCCCUGCAGCAUUACGUUAAGAAUGUGUGGGUCGUAAAGUACUACAUCUUUGGGGUUGGACUGAGCAUUCCUGUGUUCUCCUGGAUCCAGAAGAUGGCUUGCUCACCGGAGAAUGUUGCAAAGUUUGCCAAGAAAGACCACUAAGAGGUUAACAUGUGACUAAGAUCAGUUUCCACUCACUUCAGUCUCUGUACAUUAUGUGAAGAAUUAAAGUAUUGUUUAUA